UGAAUUUAAGCUCAUUUAAGUCAACCUUCACCAGAAGGGAAACACCUAAAUUGCAGACUCUGGGUGCAUUAUGAGCGUAAAAGCUCCGAAAUAGGACUCCAAAUGUUUGCUGGGAUGGUAUAUAUAUAUAUAUAUAUGUACAUAAAUAUGUGCGAAUGUCCGUAUAUCGAAAAAAUCUUAAUAGCCAAGUCACAGAUAUGUGUAAUUUAGGGGGUCUGACAUUUAGAUUCCAUGCAUUGAAACGCGCCAAAUUAAUUAGAGCCCAUAAUGUUUUCCUUACUUCUGCUCCACCUUACAAAUUAACACCUCUGAAUCGACAAUUAACAGAUCAUGUUAAUUAAACUAAACUUCAAAGCUUAAAAUAUAUGUAAACAAAUAUCAAUUCCAGAUAAGAGAGCUCGAUAUAAAAACGACGUAAUUUAUGCAGCAAGUUUUAAGUUGUCGAAGUUAUUUGCUGGAAAGUAGUGCGGCUGAGGACACGCAGAACCACAAACCUAUUUCACUGCAAAUAGGUAACGGAAAGUAAUAAGGAUUAGGCUAGGAUUAUAAAAUUUCACAAUCAAAGUCAAACUUAAAAUGCCAGUGAAAAACAAAUAUCAAAUUUUCCUUAUUUUCGCUGCGCUAUUUGCUGCCUCCGAGACAUUGCCAGUAUUGGAUACUUCGUCAGGCAUAGACAACUCAACGAUUGAGGAAUUACAAGCGAGUCUCAAUGAUACACCAAAGAAUCUUUAUGUUGUUAAGGCUGUUGUGUACGAAAUUGGAAUUUUAACGGAAGUGGACGAUAAUGAAACCAGUUUUGAAAGCCAAGAACGCGUUGAUUUGACCUUCUAUGAUGCACACUCCAACCAGAGCCAUAUCAACCUCGGUGAUGUGCCUUUGCCGAUCCAAACGAACAUUUCCGGACAAGUACUUACCGGCAUAGCGCCCGUCAAUAUUGGCGCAUUCAGCAGCCCAUUGGAGCUUUUACAAUCGUUGCCACUAACCGGGACCAUAGUCAAUAUAACGCAUAGCAACACGGCGUAUUAUCAACUCACUAAGUCAAAUGCCAGUGACACGUUAAAGCCACAUGUAACGAGUGUUGAAGAAUUAACAAAUGUGUCUGACCUCUUUCCAGUAGUUAGCGAGGUGCCUCUACAACACCCACUUGCAACUAGCGAAGCGGCGGCAAAUACUGUAAAUAGUUGAAGAAUUACUACUACUAUUUUGAUUGCGAUGCUGAUAUAAAUACAUAGCAGUUGUUGGCAUCACUGGAAAUAAAGACUGUAUAUAUGUAUGAAUAUGUACAUAAAUUGUGUAUGCAUGUAUAUGUAUGCACAUUCAUAUUGAUAUGCAUACAAAAUAGUAUGUAUUUAUGUAAGGAGCUCUGGUGUUGAUCUGUAUGCAUUGAUUCCUGGUAAUAACUGAUCACUUGUACAAAAUGACAAAACUUAUUUUAGUGGAUGAAUAAAGUUUCAUCAAAAUCAAAAUAAAUCAAAUUACAAACACAUUCCCUCAGAAUUGUUUUAUUUGUAUUACAAUUAAACCCUUCACUAAAACGGCGCUGUUGUAUCACUUUGGAAAUUCUUGGAAAUGCGUUGUAUUUAUCUUUUUAAUUAGCGAAACCCAAUAGCAUCUACAUAUUUGUCAGCGCUGAGGACCUUGUUUCCCGCUUGAGAACUGCAAUAUUUACGGUAGAUAUAUGCUUUAAGGCUGUGCGUCGAAAAGCUAUUUGAAUAUCAACAUUUAUCUAAAUAUUUUCAUUUGCAACAACUUAAUAUACUAUUUUAAAGGAAUUUCCAGUUCUUUUUAGACUUUGAAAUAAAAAAAGAUGUAGUGAAAAAAUUGUCGUACCGCUUUUUUUUAAAUAAACCAUUAGAUUCCUCUGCCUUAGUACAAUGGGAUUUCCUUAGGACCUUUAUUAUUUUGUAUUCAAAAUUUCGAUUAUUUUUUCUUUUUUUUUUUUUUGAGGAUAUCUUAGAAUAUAGGAUUGUUCGUGCUCUAGUUUUCCCGAUCUUCCUAGAUAUUUUCGAGGUUUUCUGAGUUUUUUUCAAGAGGUUUUGUAUCUGUAUAGAUGUUUUCACGAUUAUUCGGAAGGUUUCGCGUUUUGCUUUUUGAAAUUUUCGAGAUUUUUAAGAACUGUCAUUAUUUUUUGGGACUUUUCGGGAGAGACCUUAUUGGAUAGUUUCCAAAAUUUUUUUAUCGAAAUUUCUCAAGUUAUUUGGGAUAUUUCGAGCACUCUCGGCAUUUUUCCGGGAUGUUUGGAGCAGGGAUGUUGCGAAUAUUUGCGUUCGCAUUCGUCAUGCGAAUAAUUCGCAUCAAAUAAUACAAAUGUUUUGCGAAUGCGACUGUGUACAUGGGGAGAGACUCCACUCUAAUAUUGUUGAAAUGGCUCUAAGUCUGCCAAACCAGGGUGCGGACAAUAACCGACUUUUAGCUUCAGGCGCUAAACGGUUAAGUGGUAUAUCAGGCAAAUUGAUGGGCCUUGCUCAAAGUCUUAAAAGCAACCUAGAAAUAAUUAUAGAUUCUUUCAGUGAAAGCGAAGGAUCGGAUGUAGAAUUUGGAGACAUUAGAAAAUGUCAAAUUAAAGAGUCGAUUACGGAUAGCAACGCAACCACGCUUCGGUUGCCAGCUGGCAACGCAACUGUAAAGAAAAUUUGUAUUACGAAUGGCAACUAUCGUCAGUUGCUGUAGAAUUAUCGAUAAUCGAAAUUUGACAGUUCGACAA